CCUCCCUCCGCUCGGCCCGCCCCCUUCCCCGCGGAGAAAGCGAGACCUAAAGAGAGAGGGACGGGACGGGCGGACGCAGGCCGGCGGGCGGGCUGCGAGAGGAAGCCGGGCUACGUGGAAAGAUGGAGGACUGAGCAGGCGCGCGCCUCCUCGGACCGGCGGCGUCGGCGGCGGCGUCGGAGGCGUCGGCGGCCUCUCUAACUCAACUACCCUUCUCGGAGCUCGCGGUGCGGCGGCCGGGACUCCGCCGAGUCAGGUUUUCUUGAAGAAAUGAAGGUUUGAGCAAUAUUUAUCUACCAGAUCAAAAAAUGGGAGCAAACAGCAGCAACAUUAGUGACCUUUCAGAAAAUGAGUAUCUAAAAAGAUUAUCUGGAACAGAAUCUAUCUCUGAGAAUGACCCAUUUUGGAAUCAACUUCUUUCUUUUUCCUUUACUACACCAACUAACAGUGCUGAACUGAAGCUUUUGGAGGAAGCCACGGUCUCAGUCUGCAAGUCUUUAGUUGAAAAUAAUCCGCGAACAGGCAACCUUGGAGCACUCAUAAAGGUCUUCCUUUCUAGAACCAAAGAAUUAAAAAUUUCAGCAGAAUGUCAAAACCACCUCUUUAUUUGGCAAGCCCACAAUGCUUUGUUUCUUAUUUCUUGUUUGCUGAAAGUUUUCAUCUCUCAAAUGCCUGAGGAGGAAAUGCAGCUUCAUUUUACUUAUGAAGAAAAAUCGCCAGUCACUUAUCAAGCUGACUCUGAAGAUCUCAUAGAAGAACUGCUUUGCUGCUUAAUCAAGUUAAUCAUUGACAUCCCUCUCUUAGAUAUAACAUAUGGAAUAUCACUAGAGGCCGUGUCAACACUGGUUGUUUUCCUUUCCUGCCAACUCUUCCAUAAGGAAAUUUUGAGACAGAGCAUAAGCCACAAAUACCUGAUGCAUGGGCAAUGUCUUCCUUACACCAGCAGACUUGUGAAGACCUUAUUGUAUAAUUUCAUCAGACAAGAAAAGAGACCUCCCCCUGGAACCCAUAUCUUUGAGCAGCAAUCAGAUGGUGGAGGAUUGCUUUAUGGCCUUGCAUCAGGAGUAGCAACUGGCCUUUGGACAGUCUUCACCUUGGGUGGAGUAGGAAGUAAACCAGCACCUCAUCAGGAACAGUCUUCACCUCUUGCUAGUCAGAGCCUCCUGCUCCUACUUGUCCUGGCCAAUCUCACUGAUGCUCCUGAUACCCCAAACCCCUACAGACAAGCCAUUAUGUCAUUUAAGAACACACAAGACAGCACUGCUUUUCCCUCUUCAAAUCCACAUGCUUUCCAAAUUAACUUUAAUAGUUUAUAUACAGCUCUGUGUGAGCAGCAGAAGUCAGAUCAAGCAACUCUUCUUUUGUAUAUGUUACUACAUCAAAAUAGUAAUGUGAGGACAUACAUGUUGGCUCGCACAGAUAUGGAAAAUCUUGUUGUACCAAUUCUUGAGAUUCUAUAUCAUGUUGAAGAAAGAAAUUCACACCAUGUGUACAUGGCUCUAAUUAUUUUGUUGAUCCUGACAGAAGAUGAUGGGUUCAAUCGAUCCAUUCAUGAAGUGAUACUCAAAAAUAUUACCUGGUAUUCAGAACGAGUUUUAACAGAGAUUUCACUGGGUAGUCUUCUGAUAUUGGUGGUAAUAAGAACCAUUCAGUACAACAUGACAAGAACAAGGGAUAAAUACCUUCACACAAAUUGUUUGGCAGCUUUAGCAAAUAUGUCAGCACAGUUUCGUUCACUUCAUCAAUAUGCUGCUCAAAGAAUUAUCAGUUAUACCUGCCGCCACUUGCGGAGAUAUGUCUCUGUCCUGGACAAACUGUAUUUCCCCCACUCUCACUGCUCUACGCUGCAGCAUUGCUUCUCGACCCUCAGUGACAAUGGAGAGGAACUCCUGUCUUUAACUUGCUCUCACAUUCUCAGAUCCUAUGCUUCCAGUUUGUUUUCUUUGCUCUCUAAAAAACACAACAAAGUUCUGGAACAAGCCACACAGUCCCUGAGGGGUUCCCUGAGUUCUGAUGAUGUUCCUCUGCCAGAUUAUGCACAGGAUCUGAAUGUGAUUGAGGAAGUGAUUCGAAUGAUGUUAGAGAUCAUCAAUUCCUGCCUGACAAAUUCUCUCCAUCACAACCCAAACCUGGUUUAUGCGUUGCUUUACAAACGGGACCUCUUUGAACAGUUUCGAACUCACCCUUCAUUUCAGGAUAUAAUGCAAAAUAUAGACCUGGUGAUCACCUUCUUUAGCUCACGACUACAACAGGCUGGAGCCGAGCUGUCAGUGGAAAGAGUCCUGGAAAUCAUCAAGCAAGGAGCUGUUGCACUGCCCAAAGACAGGUUGAGGAAAUUUCCAGAGCUGAAGUUCAAGUAUGUAGAAGAGGAGCAGCCUGAGGAAUUCUUCAUCCCCUACGUCUGGUCUCUUGUGUACAACUCAGCUGUUGCCCUAUACUGGAACCCCCAGGACAUCCAGUUAUUCACAAUGGAUUCAGGCUGAGGGCCUGGCCCCAGCCUUCUUCCCUUCCUACCCCGUCCCACCCCAUGCAAAGCAACUCUUCUAGUUACCUAUUCCUGGAGGAGGCAGGCCUGUGCAUACUCUAGACCUGAGGCUUACAGAGAAUGGAGCUUUCUAACCUUGUAUAGUUUUUGACUUUGACAUUUCACACCAGAUAGUAGGAAAGCACCAAGUAUAGAAUGUGGCACAAAAAAAGAAAAGGACAAAAAACACAAUAAGAAUAAAAGUAUGAUAUGUGACCUUUAAUUUUAUUUCUCAACAGAAAACUUAGAGCUUAUCCAGAGAAUUGAUGCUUUAGGAACUCAGCAUAAUACUGCUUACAACUUGUUCAAGUGUUCAGAGAGACUUUGAGAUGGCAUGGGGGAAGAGGUCAUUUGGGGUAUUUUGUUUGGUUUUUGUUUGGGGGUUUUAAUACUAAGAAUGGGUAAAUGAGAAAAAGCCAAGUUAAACUGACUGGACAGGGAUUCAAGGAAAUGAAACUUAAAAUCAUAUAAAUCUGGUUACCUUUCAAGGAGGCCUUCUUUUAUUUAACCAGCUUUGUGUAUUUAUUUUCCUUUGCUUCUCUAUGCAAAUCAUCCUCUCAAAGCAAAAAAAGGAUUCCUUGCUCUAAAGCUGUCCUUGCUCUCUGAACAGGAAUUAAAAUAGAGGCCAAGGGGAAUGCCUGUGAAUUGAUCUACUGUGUAUUGGGCAUUGGGAGAAGAGGUUAAUUUUUAAAAGCAACUUAUUUUGUUGCUUUCUGGGAGUCAGGAGGAAAGGGGUGAGCUCAAUUCAAUUCAUUCAGUGAACAUUGAUUAAGCCCUAACUUAGGUACUUUGCUGGGCGGGGAUUACAGAAAUAAAAACUACCACAAUCCCCUCCCCUCCCCACCGACCUCCUAAGGAUCAUGUCUGAUGGGGGAAACAGCCAUGUACACAAAUAACUGAGUCAGGGUGGAAUAAGGUCAAAGGAGAGUGCCAGACAAAGGGUUCCGAGAAAUUUAAGGGAGACUGUUGAAGCUAGGGUGGGAUCAGAGAGGCCUUCAUGAUGGAGGUGGCUCUAACAGCCAAAUCCUUUGGAAGACGAAAAGCACGUGUUUCUCUUCCCACGGGAUGAGAAAGCCUUCUUGCUUGUAUAUCUCUUCUCCCCGCUCCUUCCCUCCCCCCCCCCCCCCCCCCAUUGAACUGAUUCAGCCAAAAAGGGAAUGCUCAGGAAGGAUCUUCAGUGAGGGAGACAGCGACGGGCCCCUUGGCCGCCGUCUAACUUCAGCCUCUACCAUCUGCAGCUUGUUCAUCUCAGAAGCUAUAGACUUGGGAGAAAAGGGGGAAAAUAUCCAGACUGGUAUUUUUUUUUUUUAAGAUAUUUAGACUUGCUGUAUUCUUUUCAAUGAAAAAAGCAAAAUGUCAGGCAGUUAAUGUUAGACGGGAAUCUCCUUUUUCAAACCUAUUCUCAUUUGGUGUCUUUCUGGGAACAGCAUCCUUCAGGAUCAGAGAUCCAGGAUGACUUGGGGCUACUGGCUUUUUCAAAUGACCUUCUAACCAGCUUUUUUCAUUCAAUCCCUCCCCACUUAAAAAAAAAAAAAAUAAGAUCAGCUACAUUGUGAGAGUUAACAUUCACGUAGAGUUAUCUGCUGUCCAAACUCCUUUCCUCUCUUCCCCAAUGUGAGCCUCCCAACAGCCACAGGAGUUAAGAACAGAUCAGCAUCAUCGUGUUUGAGCACGACCAUCCAGAGGCAGCGACACUCACCUCACUGACCUAGUUAGGGGCAGCCCUAGCACUUGGGCUCCAGUCAGCCAGCACCCUUCCCCUCUAGGGCCGAGGCUCCUUCCCUGCUCCUAUGUUAGGUAAGCACGAAUAGUAUUGGUGUGUGGAAGAAUCGUGCCCUUAGCUACUUUCCCCUUCCAUCUCUAGCUUUGGGCAAGAGGCCUCUCCCUGUAGAAAGAGGAAAUCCUCUGAUUAUCGGCUUAAGUAAAAGUUGCAUUUAGGGUGGGCUUAGAAAAUGGUUCACAGCUUUGAAAAUGAUGAGCAGAAUGGCUGAUGUGGUGGUUUGAGCUUUGAGCUUUGGCCUUUCCCCAUUGGAAGGACCAAGAAGUUUGGCAGAGCCGACCUCUCCUCCCACCCCACCUGAAUGGGACUUUUGGGCCCUCACUCAAGUAUAAGAGAAGAGUUACUUAAGGGCUUCAGCAGGAAUAAAAUCGUGACUGGAGCUCGGUGGCCUUGCUGGUCAUUAGAUCUAAGGGAGUCAGGACACAGCCCCACUGACAAGCUUCCCCUCCCCCCUGCCAUCUGGCUUCUCCCAGCUGAUGUUCUCCUAAGCUUAAGUGGAGCAAGUCAGUGCCCCAGCAAAUCAUUUUCUUUCUGUCUCUCUUUUUUUAAUUAACCACACAGUAGAGGGAUUCAGCCGACCAGCAACACAGCUGGGGCCAAAGCCUCCAACUAAAACAGGAGAGGCGGACAAUUACCAGAGCUACGUUGCCAGCCUAAGAGUGGUGGAGGCUGGGAGCCAAGGUGCAUGAGUCUGCCCAGCUUCUCACCCACACUCACCCUCGCUCUGCCCUGAAAAACUGGCCAUCUAGACACCCUUCCUUCCAUACUCUGUGUGAGAGACUUAUUGUCUCAAAAUAAAAAAGGGGGGGGGGGCAAACAACUCAGAUUACUCCUGUGUUCAUUUUGUAUGCCAAUUUGCUUGGGGUGCAUGAUGGGGAGGGAGGACAGGGUGGAAACAGUUGAAAUUUUUCUACUUAUUUUACACCCAGUAGGAGAUAAUAAAAUUAUACUGCUUUCAUUGGGCAGGGCUCUUGUGCUCA